AGGAAAACAAAGCACAAAUUUGUCAUGGAAAAAAAACACAUCUCAAUAAUGGGUUUCAGGAGGUGCACAAACACCUCUGUUUUCAUCAUAUUAAGUUGUUGUUUAUUACAUGUUGUUGCCAUUUCUUCAUCUCAGUUCAUCAAGGACCCAAGAACGCUAAACUCAAAUAAUGGAAACUUCACCUUGGGGUUCUUCAGCAUUGAAAAUACUACAAAUCGUUACUGGGGAAUAUGGUGCAAGACCAAAGACACUGUCAUAUGGGUGGCUAACAGAAACCAACCACUUAAGGAUUCUUCUGGGGUUGUUACAAUAUCUGAGGAUGGGAAUCUAGUGGUAAUGGAUGGACAGAAACAUGUCAUGUGGUCAUCAAAUGUGUCCAAUAUCACAUCAUCCAAUUCUACUUUCCAACUUUCAGAUUAUGGGAGCCUUGUCUUGUUGGAAAACAUAACAGGAAAUACAAUAUGGGAGAGUUUCCAGCAUCCUACAAAUACAUGGUUGCCUCAUUUGGAACUAUCUAGCAACAAAAUAACAGGUGAAAAAGUAGGACUUACAUCAUGGAAAAGCCCUUCUGAUCCAUCCAUUGGGAGCUUCUCUUUAAGUAUUGAACGCUUUAAUAUUCCUGAAAUCUUCAUUUGGAAUGAUAAUCAACCAUAUUGGCGCAGUGGUCCGUGGAAUGGACGAGUGUUUCUUGGGGUACCGGGAAUGGAAGCGAUGUAUCUUAACGGUUUUCAUGUCGAAAAUAAUGGGGAUGGAACAGUUGCGGGAUAUUUUACCGUAGAUGAGUUAGGACUUACAGUGCUAACCCUGAAUUGGCAAGGCCUACUUCAGGAAGAUAAUUGGGAUGAUAAGAAGGAGGAAUGGCAGGUUACAUGGACAAGUCGAAAAUCGGAUUGUGAUGUUUAUGGUAUAUGUGGAGCAUUUGCAAGCUGUAAUUCACAAACCUCACCGAUAUGUACCUGUUUGAAGGGGUUUGAACCAAGGAACAUAGAGGAAUGGAAUAGACAGAACUGGACUAAUGGAUGUAUUAGCAGGACACCUUUGCAGUGUGAAAGGGCCAACCACCAAAGCAGAAGUGUGGAUAGUAAUAAACCAGAUGGGUUUUUGAGAUUAGAGAUGGUCAAAGUGCCUGAUUUUGCAGAAGGGUCAUCUGUUACACAAGACCAAUGCCAAAGCCAGUGCUUGGAGAACUGUACUUGCAUUGCAUAUUCAUAUGAUGCUGUUAUUGGCUGUAUGACUUGGAGUGGAAGUCUAAUUGACAUCCAACAGUUCACGCUUGGAGGAUCUGAUCUAUACAUUCGUGUAGCCUAUACAGAACUAGGUAAAGGCCGAAAUAUAAUUGUCAUCAUCACAAUUAUAGUGAUAAUAGGAGUUUUGCUAUUUCUCACUUGUGCAUAUGUCAUUUGGAGAAGGGCUUUGCACCUAGCAAUGAAAAAGAAGCUUGGAUUUUUUCGACUCAACAAAGGUACAACAUCUGAAGAAAACGUAAGUGACAACAUUAUUGGAGAAUUUUCACAAGCCAAGCUACAGGAGCUGUUAUUGUUUAACUUUGAAAAGCUUGCGACGGCCACAAACAACUUCCAAUCCUCCAACAAACUUGGGCAGGGUGGUUUUGGUCCAGUAUACAAGGGGGAACUGCGAGAUGGGAAGAAAAUAGCAAUUAAAAGGCUUUCUAGAGCAUCUGGACAAGGUCUAGAAGAAUUCAUGAAUGAAGUUGUAGUAAUUUCUAAGCUUCAACACCGCAAUCUUGUAAGGCUUUUGGGCUGCUGUAUUGAAGGAGAUGAAAAGAUGUUGAUAUACGAAUACAUGCCAAAUAGAAGUUUGGAUGCAUAUCUGUUUGAUCCAUCAAACAAUAAACACCUAGAUUGGAGAAAACGCUUUAUCAUUAUAGAAGGAAUAGCUCGAGGAUUGCUUUAUCUUCAUAGAGAUUCCAGGCUAAAAAUCAUACAUAGAGAUUUGAAGGCAAGCAAUAUCUUGCUAGAUGAGGAGCUUAUUCCAAAAAUAUCAGACUUUGGUAUGGCUAGAAUUUUUGGAGGGAGUGAAGAUCAAGCCAAUACCCAAAAGAUUGUUGGAACAUAUGGCUAUAUGUCGCCAGAAUAUGCAAUGCAUGGAGUGUUUUCAGAGAAAUCAGAUGUCUUUAGCUUUGGAGUUUUGCUACUAGAGAUUGUUAGUGGAAGACAAAACUCAAGCUUUUAUGACCCUGAAAAUUCUCAGACCAUCUUAGGAUUUGCCUGGAUAAAGUGGACGGAAGACAAUAUUGUCACUUUGAUAGAUUCAGGAAUAUAUGAUUCUAGCCUUCACAAGGAUAUUUUGAGGUGCAUACACAUAGGACUUCUUUGUGUACAAGAAUUUGCUCCAGACAGGCCCACUAUGGCUACAGUAAUUUCAAUGCUUAACAGUGAGAUUGUGAAUCUUCCUCCUCCAAGGGAACCUGCAUUUAUCCUGAGGCAGAAUAUGUUGAAUUCAGUCUCCUCUGAUGAAAGAUUUGGAUUGUAUUCCAUCAACACUGUCAGUAUUACAGACAUCCAUGGCAGAUAG